GACAAAAAAAACACUUCCACAAUCCACACAAACUUUAACCCAAUUUCACACUUUCUCCCAACCCACACUCACUCUUUUCAAAAUCAAACCAUGAGUAAUGAACCGCACACCCACACCCACACCCACCACAAUCAUCAUAGAUCCAAACCAUCGAGUGGUGGCACAAAUCUAGCAUCGUGUAUAGUAGCCACAAUCUUUCUAAUCAUCUUAGCCAUUGCACUAACCAUCACAUAUUUCCUAGUCUUCAAACCAAAACCCCCAAAAAUCUCUGUCGAUUCCGUACAAUUCCCAACUUUCUCAAUCUCAAAUACCAACUCAACUGUAAACUUCACUUUUUUCCAAUUUGUUUCUGUCACAAACCCAAAUAGAGAUUCUUUUACCCACUAUGAUAGUUCACUUCAAUUAGCUUAUGGAAAUGCCCCAGUUGGGUUUAUAUUCAUACCCGCCGGAAAGAUCGAAGGUGGUCGGACACAACAUAUGUCGGCGAAGUUUUCCGUUGCGGAUUUUCCGGUGCCGGAAGUUGGUGGGACCACCAUGGAAGUUGAGACGAAGAUGAAGUUGGUUGGUAGAGUUAGGGUUUUGAAAGUUUUUACACAUAGAGUUGAAAGUGGGGUUAGUUGUGGUGUUAUUAUUCAAGUUAGAACUGGAUCUGUGUUGGGUCUUCAUUGUUAAUUAAGGUUUAAUCUGUUUUUUGUUUUUUGUUAACGUUAAGGUUAAUGUUUUUGUGUUUUAAGUUUGGAAAUGGAAUGUUAAUUGUAAAUAAUGAUUGGAAUGAUAGAUUGGAAUUGGAAGGAAA